AUGUUUCCAGGUGUCCAUGAAACCCAAUACACAGAACAGCAACUUCUGGACCAGCUAGAAGCUUGCGCCGAGAGCUUGGAGCUUUCGGAGAGAUACGAGCUUUUGGGUAGCUUAUAUCGGCUCAUACUGCCAAUUCACGAACGUAGAAGGGACUACGAGGCUUUGGCCGCCUGCUACGGCCGAUUGAGAGAGGCCUGUCUACGCGUAGCCGAAGUCGCUAGAACCGGAAAAAGAUUACUAGGUAGGAUGAUAUAUACAGGGUGUCCCAGAACUCAACGUCAAGUCCUAACGCGGUUACCAAAAUCUGAACCAAUGCGAGAAGAACUUUUUGAGGUUGACACUGACGCUGAUCAAAUAGACGAUGUUAUGUCCAGAAGUCACAGUGAUGGUAUCAGAAAACAAGGACAUUUGCUCAAAGGACCUGAUACUUCAUCUGAUAGGAUGUUUGCACAUAUUGGAUCUAAAAGCUUCAAGAGAAGAUAUUGUUAUCUUCGUCAAGAAGUUGAUGGAACUUACAUUCUGGAGCUCCACAAGGAUGAAAAGAAGGGCGAUGCAAAGGCUACCAUUGUUAUGGACUUCUGUACUGAUGUAGUAACUAAUACAAAGAAAGGUCGAUACGGAUUUGAAUUAAAAAUGAUAGAAGGACAUAGAUCGUACACUUUGGCAGCAGAUUGUGAAGCAGAAAUGCAGGACUGGGUUGCUAAAUUAAAAGCUGUGAUAGAACAAAUUAAACUACAAGAAGAGAAAAGGGCUGCAUCAUUGGAAAGAGCACCGCCAUCGCCUGCACCUUCGCCAGCACUGACCUAUGGAACCCUCAAGGGGUUAGAACAAAGUAUGAAUCCUCAGUUGAUAAGAUAUAGUAGAGAAACCGAUAUUUCGAUAGCCAGUUCCAGAAAAGAAGGAAGAAGACGUCUUUUUAGUGGUUACGUGCAGCCGAAUAAGGCGACUCCUCAACCUAAUGUUGAACCUUACAAGGAGCAGUUUGGCCAACGCAUAUCCCUAGUUUGCGAAUCCCUGAAGUUUCGUCUCCAAGCCCCUGUCGAUGGCGAAAAAGAAACCUUGUGCCAGGUCGAGCCCUAUUUCACGUCCCUUUGUUUGUACGAUGCUCGAGCCAAUAGGAAAUUGACCGAAAACUUCUACUUCGACGUCAACCAUGACGUCUGUCGGAAACUGUUGGAGAUAAUAACAACUCUGGAACUAUGUUGUACAAACGGCACAGGUGAUGAUAAAAAAUCUGCAACAAAUGGUCAUUCACCAACUGCUGGAGAUGGAAUGAAGAACGGUUGUUCUGGAACUAAUGGUAGUGCUGGUGGCGAUGGCGAGGAAUGCGGAAUGUUCGAUGCUAAAUGGAUAGAGCAUCCCAGACAAGCGAUAUUAAGUGUGACCAAUCCACACCCCGAUGUAUUUUUAGUCGUAAGAAUUGAUAAAGUGUUGCAAGGCGGUAUCUGCAACACUUCAGAGCCUUAUUUGAAAGCUACAAAAGAUCCACGUUUAGGUUUAAAAGUACAUAAAUCUGUGAAAACAUACUGCCAAAGAUUAGGACAAUAUAGGAUGCCAUUCGCAUGGGCUGCGAGGCCUUUAUUUAGAUUAUAUAGCAAUGAAUUAGAUACAACUUCAGAAUUUCCGUCCAUAUAUCGACAAGAGGGUCACAAGUUGAAAGAUGAGGAUCUCUUAAAAUUACUAGCAGAUUAUCGCAAACCUGAUAAAUUGAACAAAUUGACUGUAGUACCAGGAUGGCUGAAAAUAUCACUGCAACCGAUUGUAGAAUUACCAGAAAAUUGUUUGACCACUUCGUUGAUACCUUUAAGACCAUUUCCGAACCCACCAACAUGCGAGCCGACGAUAGAAAUUGCUGAAUUCCAAAGUCCGUCAGAUCGUGAUGUACACCCUUAUACAGUAUUCACAAACCACCUGUACGUCUAUCCACAAUCUCUCAUGUUCGACACCCCAAAAAUAUUCAACAGGGCAAGAAAUAUAGGUUGUAUUGUUGAAUUAAGAGACAGCGACGCAAAGGAUGCACAACCACUUAAAUGUAUAUAUGGUAGACCUGGUGGUCUUCCUUUGACCACACGAGUAAUUUGCCCUGUGGUCCAUCAUAAUACAACUCCAACGUUUUACGAAGAAGUAAAAAUACGUCUUCCAAUAACAUUAGAUUCAUCACAUCAUAUAUUGUUCACGUUCAUGCACAUUUCAUGUGAAAUUUCGAAAAAGAAAGACUGCAACUCCGAUAGUUGUGUGGGGUACGCUUGGAUCCCUUUGAUUAGUAAGGGAAAAUUGAAUCUGGAUACACAGACAAUCGCGGUAUCUACUCAUCUGCCACCAGGUUACCUUUCGAUACAGCCUUUAGGACUAGGAAAAGGGAAUGCUGGACCAGAAAUCACCUGGAUAGACUCCCAGAGGCCAUUAUUUACAAUUGCAUUCAAUUUAAAUUCAACAGUUCUCACUCAAGACAUACAUUUACAAAAUUUAUUUACCCAUGCUGAAAAACUGGUCGACAACAAACCUUCGGCAAUUCCUUCCGAGAGCGAAACCUGCAAAAUUUUGAAAGCUGCUCAUGCUAUUCAAACAGUGACCGUUAUAACAUUUUUGCCGACGAUUUUGAACCAAUUAUUUGCCCUGCUGGUUAUAACGAAUAGUGAAGAAGUUGGCCAUAAUAUUAUUCGGCUGUUGGUGCAUAUAAUACAUAUGAUUCAUGAGUCUGGUAGAAAUGAUAUUUUGCUGAGUUAUGUUAAGACUGUCGAAAAUAUGUUUUUCGAACGCGAAAUGGCAUCUUUUACUGCUGGAUCUGCCCUUUCAAUUUCAUAA